AUGGCAUAUGGCACAACAAAAGGUUCUGACGGUUCUGCUGGUUCUGAUAGCGGAGAACCUCAGGAGAACUCCAGGAACCAGCAGGACCAAACCCUGUCCAGCUUCUCCUCAUGUCUGACCUCUGACCUCCAGGGCCUCUCCAACCUGCUGGAGCUGAAGAUGGCCCACAAUGAGUACAUCAGCUACCUCCACACACGGACCUUCACGGGGCUGAAGAAGCUGCAGAGGCUGGACCUGUCCGACCUCAACCUCUUCAGCAUCCCAGACCGCAUCUUCAUCGAGCAGAGCUCCCUGAAGGAGCUGCUCUGCUUCCAGAACAACUUCAGGAGGAUCCCAGGAGCCAUCAGGGGCAUGGAGAACCUGACGCACCUCUACCUGGAGAGGAACAAGAUCGAGGCCGUGGCCUACAACUCCCUGCUGGACCUGGGGAGCCUCCGNUACCUGAACCUCCAGGGGAACCGUAUCAAUGUGAUCCAUGACAACGCCUUCCAGGACCUGGUACGGCUGGAGAACUUCUACCUCAAUGAUAACCUGCUGUCGGUUCUUCCCAGACUCCCCUUCAAGGGGCUCAGCCGCCUAAAGAUGCUGAACCUCGGGGGGAACCAGCUGACCAAUGUGUCCAGGACUUGGUUCAGUGACCUAAUGGAGCUGGAGGUCCUGUACUUGGACAGGAACCAGCUGCUGAACAUAGAGGAGGGCUCCUUCGAGAACCUGACCAGCCUGAUCACGCUGCACCUGAACAGCAACAACCUGACCACGCUGCCCUUCAGCGUCUUCCAGCCCAUCUACUUCCUGGCUCACCUGUACCUCUUCAGGAACCCCUGGGAGUGCGACUGCUCCCUGGACUGGCUCAAGCAGUGGAUGGAGAACUACAAGCUGGUGCGGGACAUCCCCUGCGCCUCGCCCUCCUCAGUGGCGGGUCUGGACCUCAGCCAGGUGGUCUUCCCUGCGGUGAACGGCUCCUGCGUCGACCCCAGCGAGCUCAACCUGACUACGGCGUCCUCGGAGCUCAUGUCCACCACGGAGAACCGCUUCAACAGCCUCAUCUCCAAGCUGCUCCAGCAGGAGCUCAGGGAGGAGAUGGGGAACGGGACUGAGAGUCUACGGAACGGGACCCUGCUGGAUUCAGAGGAGGGCCAGCUGUCAGCGGGGGCCGGGGGGCCCCGGACCCACACCUUCCAUUCUCUGCUUGGCUUCAUGGCGGCAUGGAUCUUCUUUGGUUCGUUUCUCCUGUCAGAAUUCUCCUGAAGUCGCCUCCAUCUGUCAGGCUGCCGCGGGUCAAAUCUGUGGUUCUCUGGACCUUCUGGACCGUGGCCCAGAAAGUUCUGGUUCUGGAACCAACCUGACUUCACAUAAAACCAAGGGCUUAGAAAAACUUUUCCUUCCUCUCUGAUUUUUCUCAUUUUGCU